CGACAGUGCCGUGGGAAGCGAGCGAGGAGUUGAAUGAGUUCCCUCCACAGUUGAAGUAAAGCAGCCGCCGACAGUCAGGACACCGUCCGCACCGAGGAACAGACGACAGGCGCUGGCAGGACCCUGCCCUAACACCCUACAUGGAAACACACAGUCAGGUGUGUCUACUAGCCUCACAGCUAGCCAUGUCAUGACGUUUGGAGAGAUUUCUCACACAUCUGUGCGACGUAGCAGCGAGACAGGAGAAGCACCAACACCCUGUUUGCUCUGAGCCGAAACCAAGUGAACAGGAGGGGUUGUCGUUGCUUUAAAUUUCUCGCGUCUGCUUGCUCGUCCUCCUCACCCAGUGGACUCAUUCGUCCUUCGUGCUGGACCACCAUGGCUGAGAGAACCUCAACCGGGUUGCUAACGAUGAUGUUGGAGCCCACACCGGCUGUCGCUAUGACCCUGCCGGCGGAGGUCCGGGAGAAGCUGGCGGAGCUGGAGCUUGAGCUGUCUGAAGGAGACAUCACUCAGAAGGGCUAUGAGAAGAAAAGAAGCAAGCUUUUGGCGCCUUACAUCCCACAGAUACAAGGUGUAGAUCCAUCCCUGCAAAUUGACAACAGAAUCCAGGCUUCCCCCCAAGCUGUUCUUCCAGGUUCCAAACUUAACAAGUCCCGGGCUGCCAACACCCGGGAUGAGCGCUUCAGAUCUGCAGAUCUACACACAGAGGCCGUUCAAGCAGCUUUGGCAAAGUACAAAGAGAGGAAGAUGCCCAUGCCCUCCAAGAGGCGAUCUGUGCUAGUUCAAUCUUCAGUCGAGGCAUGCACCCCACCAGACACCUCCUCAGCGUCAGAAGACGAGGGCUCGCUGCGCCGACAGGGACGUCUGACCACCUCCACGCCUUACCAGGGCCACGGCCACCCAGCCGUUGAGCACUGGUUUAACCGUGUCAUCCAGGGCUCGUCCACCUCAUCGUCUGCAUCAUCCACCUCAUCCCACCCGGGAGGGAGAUCCAUCACCAACACCACCGCCCACGCAGCCCUCAACGCCAACGCCGCAGCGACCGCACUGGCAGACCUUAUGGCGCACACCCAGCUAGAUAACCAUUCAGCACCCCCUGACGUGACGGGGCUGUCGGAGCGCUCCUCGCUUCAUGCGGAGCGGUCUCAGGUGGCCUCAGUACGAGGCGUGUCCCGCAGCUACAACCACCACACCAGCGUCAUGGAGACCGCAGAUGGCUGUGAGUGGGGAGGUGAAGGACCCCUCUCUUUAAUUGAUGGUGUUCCAGUCAACAGUCGCGUCUCCAACAAAAUCCAGCAGCUGCUUAAUACACUGAAGAGACCAAAGCGCCCACCAUUGCGCGAGUUCUUUGUUGAUGACUUUGAGGAGCUUUUGGAUGUCCAGCAGCCAGAUCCCAACCAGCCAAAGCCAGAAGGCCAGCAGAUGAGUCCCCUGGAAGGAGAGCCCCUCGGGGUGGUCACCAACUGGCCUCCCUCUUUGCCAGCAGCCUUACAAAGAUGGGGCACCACUCAUCCCAAGAGCCCCUGUCUGACAGCACUUGACAAUGCUGGCAAGUCCGUCUACACACUCACCUAUGGUAAACUAUGGACCCGCAGUCAGAAGCUGGCCUACACGCUUCUCAACAAGCUGAGCACCAGAAAUGAGCCUUUGCUUGUACCUGGAGACAGAGUUGCACUUGUUUUUCCAAACAAUGACCCAGUGAUGUUCAUGGUGGCCUUCUACGGCUGUCUCCUGGCAGAGCUGGUACCUGUGCCUAUUGAGGUGCCGCUGACUAGAAAGGAUGCAGGAAGUCAACAGAUUGGCUUUCUGUUGGGCAGCUGUGGGGUCACAUUGGCACUAACCACUGACGCUUGUCAGAAAGGCCUGCCCAAAGCACAAACAGGGGAGGUAGUCACUUUCAAAGGCUGGCCACGGUUACUGUGGUUUGUGACAGAUGGAAAACAUGUUGUGAAGCCUCCAAAAGACUGGCACCCUCCAAUACGGGAAGCCAGUAAUGAAAUAGCCUACAUAGAGUAUAAAACCAGCAAAGAAGGAAGCACCAUGGGAAUCACAGUGUCACAUUCAGUCAUGUUGGCUCACUGUCAUGCCCUCACACAGGCCUGCUGCUACACUGAAGCUGAGACCAUAACGAAUGUCCUGGACUUCAAGCGAGAGGCAGGAUUAUGGCAUGGAGUCCUCACUAGUGUCAUGAAUCGGAUGCAUGUGAUCAGCAUUCCCUACUCCCUGAUGAAAGUCAACCCCCUGUCUUGGAUACAGAAGGUUCACACAUACAAAGCACGGGUAGCAGUGGUGAAGUCGAGGGACAUGCACUGGUCUCUUCUGGCUCAGAGAGACCAGAGAGACAUCAGCCUGAGCUCGCUGCGCAUGUUGAUUGUAGCUGACGGAGCUAACCCAUGGUCGAUAUCCUCCUGCGAUGCCUUCCUCAAUGUUUUUCAGGCACGUGGGCUGCGACCUGAGGUGAUCUGUCCAUGUGCCAGCUCUUCAGAAGCAAUGACUGUCGCCAUCCGCAGACCUCCAGAAAUGGGUGUUCCUCCUCCAGGGAAGGCGGUGCUGUCCAUGGGUGGGCUGAGUCACAGUGUGAUCCGCGUGGACACGGAGGAGAAACUCUCUGUCCUCACAGUGCAGGACGUGGGACAGGUCAUGCCUGGAGCUCUGAUUUGUGUCGUGCGAGUGGAGGGGACACCUUAUCUCUGUCAGACAGACGAGGUUGGAGAGAUCUGUGUGAGUUCAGGUAGCACUGGUUUAGCUUACUACGGUCUCCCUGGCAUGACCAAGAACAUCUUUGAGACGAUCCCAAUCACAUUAUCUGGGGUUCCCAUCAGCGACAGACCUUUCACCAGAACCUCACUACUCGGCUUUGUGGGACCUGACAGUCUUGUGUUUGUUGUUGGGAAGAUGGAUGGACUGAUGGUGGUCAGUGGCCGGAGACAUAACGCUGAUGAUGUGGUUGCCACGGCGCUGGCUGUGGAGCCCAUGAAGUUUGUGUACAGGGGCAGGAUAGCAGUGUUUUCUGUGUCUGUGCUGCAUGAUGAGAGGAUCGUUGUGGUGGCAGAGCAGAGGCCAGACGCCUCAGAGGAGGACAGCUUCCAGUGGAUGAGCCGUGUCUUGCAGGCCAUAGACAGCAUCCACCAGGUUGGAGUAUACUGUCUGGCUCUGGUGCCUGCCAACACACUUCCUAAGGCUCCACUGGGUGGUAUCCACAUUUCUGAGACCAAACAGCGCUUCCUAGAAGGUGCUUUGCACCCCUGCAACGUCCUCAUGUGCCCUCACACAUGUGUCACGAACCUUCCCAAACCAAGACAAAAACAGCCAGAGGUGGGUCCUGCUUCUAUGAUAGUGGGAAACUUAGUAGCUGGGAAGAGGAUUGCACAAGCCUGUGGCAGAGACGUGGGACAACUCGAGGACAAUGACCAGGCACGUAAGUUCCUCUACAUACAGGAUGUGUUACAGUGGAGAGCUCAGGCCACUCCAGACCAUCCUCUGUUCCUUGUUCUCAAUGCAAAGGGUACAGUGGCAAGCACAGCUUCCUGUCUGCAGCUGCACAAAAAAGCAGAGCGGGUGGCAGCAGCACUGAUGGGACGCCUCAACACUGGAGACCAUGUAGCACUCGUCUACCCGCCUGGAGUUGAUCUGAUUGCCACCUUCUAUGGCUGCCUGUAUGCUGGCUGUGUGCCGGUCACUGUCAGACCCCCGCACCCACAGAACCUGGCCACCACCCUGCCCACCGUCAAAAUGAUCGUUGAGGUCAGUAAGUCAGUGUGUAUCCUGACAACCCAAGCAAUAAUGAAGCUGCUGAAAUCCAAAGAGGCUGCUGCUGCUGUAGACAUCAAGAGCUGGCCCACAGUGAUGGACACAGAUGACCUCCCCAGGAAGAAAAUCUCUCAGAUGUACAAGCCCCCGACCCCAGAGAUGUUAGCUUACCUGGACUUUAGUGUGUCCACCACAGGCAUCCUAGCAGGAGUCAAAAUGUCUCAUGCUGCCACCAGUGCCUUGUGUCGUUCUAUUAAACUGCAGUGUGAGCUCUACCCCUCCCGGCAGAUCGCCAUCUGUCUGGACCCAUACUGCGGCCUGGGCUUUGCUCUCUGGUGUCUGUGCAGUGUAUAUUCAGGCCAUCAGUCAAUCCUUGUUCCUCCUUUGGAGUUGGAGAGUAAUGCGUCUCUCUGGCUAGCUGCAGUCAGUCAGUAUAAAGUGCGUGUCACCUUCUGCUCGUAUUCAGUGAUGGAGAUGUGCACCAAAGGCUUGGGUUCUCAAACAGAAGCGCUGCGGUUAAGAAAUGUGAACCUGUCUUGUGUACGUACAUGCAUGGUGGUGGCAGAGGAAAGACCUCGCAUAACCCUCACUCAGUCCUUCUCAAAGAUCUUCAAAGACUUGGGACUUUCACCGCGAGCCGUCAGCACCACAUUCGGCUGCAGGGUCAAUGUAGCAAUAUGUUUGCAGCCCAACAGGUUAGGGAAACUGGCUGAGCAGGGCACAGCUGGACCAGACCCCACCACUGUUUAUGUGGACAUGAGAGCUCUACGGCAUGAUCGGGUCCGCCUUGUUGAGAGGGGGUCACCACACAGCCUGCCACUGAUGGAGUCUGGGAAGAUCCUUCCUGGGGUAAAAGUGAUCAUUGCCAACACAGAAACAAAAGGACCCUUGGGAGACUCCCAUCUAGGAGAAAUAUGGGUGAGCAGUCCUCACAAUGCCACCGGCUACUACACUGUUUAUGGUGAGGAGGGGCUGCACGCUGACCACUUCAAUACCAAGCUGAGUUUCGGGGACACUCAGACCGUCUGGGCAAGGACCGGCUACCUGGGCUUCCUGCGGCGCACUGAGUUGACCGAUGCCAGUGGAGAGCGUCAUGAUGCCCUCUAUGUUGUGGGUUCUCUUGAUGAGACUCUGGAGCUGAGAGGGAUGAGGUAUCACCCCAUCGACAUUGAAACUUCUGUUAUCCGCUCUCACAAGAGCAUAGCUGAAUGUGCGGUGUUCACCUGGACCAACCUCCUCGUAGUGGUGGUGGAGCUGGAGGGAUCAGAGCAAGAGGCCCUGGACCUGGUGGCCCUGGUGACCAACGUUGUCCUGGAGGAGCACUACCUCAUCGUGGGGGUGGUAGUGGUGGUGGACCCUGGUGUCAUCCCUAUUAACUCUAGAGGGGAGAAGCAGCGCAUGCACCUCAGAGAUGGAUUUCUAGCUGACCAGCUGGACCCAAUAUAUGUGGCUUACAACAUGUGAAGGCCCAGCAGCAAAAGGGUUACCACCCCCCACCAAACCUCACCGUGCCCCCCCAUCAUGUGUCUUAUCACAGUACAGAUGGCUAAACAGGAGUAUCUGAGGACCAGCAUCAGUGUGAUCUUUGCUGAAUGGGCUGCUCUCUUCGUUGAGAAAUAUAAAACAAAUAUGGAUGCAAAAUGCAGAAAAAUGGAGAUAAAUUCAAGCAGGUGAAUGACUGACACAAACCUCACUUCCAUUUUUCUCCUGAUUUUUGCCUCAGCAAAUAAAAGUUUUAGAGGGCAUUCUUGUUUUACUGUUGUGAGUUUUGGAUUUACGACUAAAAUGUUGACUCCUUCAAGAGCAGCACAGCAGGAUGGAUCUGGUGUGGUCCUACAGUGUGCCAUUAACAGCAUUUAUGUGUCAGCCUCUAAAAGAUUGAAUGUUAAGUGUGCACUUGUGCCAUAGAACAGAACUGAUGUCAGUACCCAAACCAGGAUUGAAACAAAUAUGAUCACAGAGCUUCCUGUGUUGUUACAGGUCACAUGCUUUUCAUAGAAACACAUCUAUCAUAUAGGCAGGUCCUCACAUUACAGCUAGGUGCUUUAAAUUCAGCUCUGAUCAUGUUGUUGCAGCAACACAAAUGCACACAGCAGCAGUGUACGAGGAGGCACUCUUCUAUUUUUGCUCAUUCCUCCAAUAGUGAUUUAGUUUGUUGUGUCAGUAGCUUCCAAAUAAUGAUGUGAUGACUUAAUUUCAUAUUUUCCUAUCUAAGAUAUGUAACAUGGUUAUUGUUUUAAGUCAACAUGCAAUAUGUGUGAUGUGGAUGCUGUUGCUUUGAAUGACUGCACGGAAGUGCCAAUCAGUUGAGAGUAAUGGUGAGGAGUAAAAUUGAUGCUUACUGUUAGCAGCGAGCUAAAGGAUGCUAAUGAAGCCUUAAGUGUUUUUAAGACGCCCGUUUCUGUCCCAGCUGAAGUUUAUCAGCUCUGGGAUGGAGUGAGAAUAUGCAGAUGGAGGUUAGGUGUGAUGAAUCCUGCUCUUAUUGCACCCAAAGUCUUUCAUUUUUUAUGUUAAGACAGCGUCAGCCAUUACAAACACUCUCUCAGCCCUUGAAUAUUUUUGUCUGAAUGUGUUUUGUAGCAGAAGGCUGAAAGAAUCUGUGGUAUGAGUUUUGUUGCAGAAUGUUGUGGCCUCAUGUCCAGUGCCAUUAGGUUGAAUGAGAGCUGAAUAAUGAUGUGCUGCACACUUACCAUAUGAUCUAUACACCAUAACAUCCCACUUUGUUUUAUUGACUUUGUAAAGAUAUUUCUCUCUGUUCAUUGCUUCUGUUGUUUUUCUGUAUGCACAUCCUUUGAAAGACGGGCUGCAGCCUGCUGUAAGUAUGUACAGAUUUUGUGUAAAUUAUUAAUAGUUGUGGAGAUGACAGGAAGUCCAACACAAAGACUAAAUCUGGUAUAUAUGUGAACUUCUCUCUUAUAAACAAAAACUAUUUGCAGUGGAUUCUCAUGUGGGAAGACAUGUAAAUAGCCUUGUAAACAUUUUUAUAAUGGGAAUGAACAGGGUGAACUGGCCAUUUCCAGGAUGAGACGAAGCACACUCCAGCACACCGAGAAGACGGCUAUGCUCUGGUGACUGUUGAGAUUUCACAUCCUCCUCAACAAACUCUUGUUAACUUGCAGAAAGAAAUGUUGUCUGAUUUAUGGUUAGUUGUCGUUAUUUUCAUAACAUGAUUUCAUAAUAAACUCAAAAUAAGUGCUUUUAA